ACGCUUGGCGGCCAACAAAUGACCAAAUAACUUCCGGGACAUUCUUCCAUUCGCUUUAAAUGAACGAGUAUCUUCCAGUAUCGCGGAAAUAAUGAAAGGCAUUUACACACACCAAUGCAAAAUAGGAAAUAUACUCUACAUGCAAAUCAAAGUGGCUACAAGUGGCUAAGUGCAUGUACCGUGGCACACUUUGCAAAAAGGAUUAUGAAAAGCAAACAACAAAGCACAAAACAAAAAAGACAAAAACAAAAAAAGCGCGAAUAAAACGUUUUGGUUUUGGUUUCGGUUUGAAGUCUGCGAGGCGCACAUCAUGCAUGUUUGAAGGACGACUCGACUUACAACUCAGACAUCCAAUAUCCAACAUCGAACAUCGAACUUCACAUACUCGUAUGCCAAGUGGUAUCUCGACUUACACAAAUGCCAAUUAAUGCGGUCUUAUUUUAUCUUAACGCGACUAAAAAACAACAAGGUCGACCUCCACGUAUUGCGCACGAAGGCUAUGUAUGCAGAUUAGCCGCGCCAUCUCGUCUCGAGACUCACACAGGCAAACGCUUCAUUAAAACAGCAAUCGUCCUCUACACUAAAAGCCGCCAACGUUCGAUGUUAAUAUGAACUAUAAACCGUCAUCUUCAUCCUCAUCCAACACGCCCCCACACCAAUCAGCGUAUCCGCCACGCUCCGCCUCCAACUCCUCGUCGAACACUCACAGCACACCAACAUUCACACCGGCAAUCAUUCCUCUCGACUACAAUUAUCAUACAAUGUCACCAUCCUCAAUAUCACAAUUUCCCAAUGGACGCGUUAACUCGGCGGCCACCACCAACACGAGCGGCGCUUAUCAUUUGCGCACAUACUCACGACUAAACAGUGCCCGCCCACCUGGCAGCGCAUCAGUCGAUGUUGAGCUGGAUAAUCAGUACAGCAGUCUCUUCGGCGAUCCUGUUCCACCGCCGCCACCGCCCGAUUUCCUCACUUCACAAUUCAAUCCAGUGAGCGUUUUUCAUCCAGUAUCAUUGGAGAUCAGUUCAGGUUCUGAAGAAGAUAAUAGCGGCCGCAUUUCGAUAUCAGAAGUUGAACGACCCGCACACACACGCCUUUUUUCCAAUGUGCCUUUCAGUUCGACCUUCAGUAGGCGCUUAUCUGAAAAUUCACCUCAAAGGAACUUCGAUGUGCUUCCCACGCCGAUGCCCCGUCUUCAACCACCAGAUAUUCAAAUAUUGCCCAAUUCCAGUGGCGAUUCAAGCUCCGAAGCACGGGAGUCACCCAACUACACAUUACUCGCACCCGACACGAUAAAUCGCCCUCACCUCACAAUAUUCGAUGAGAGAGAACCGACAGAUGUAACAGAAAUUGUAGAGUCUUAUGAAGUUAGAGAUACGAAAGGUGUACGUGAGUACUCAGAAGCAACUCGACGCGUUUCUAAUUUUAGUGAAGACUUCAAAUCAAAUGUUGGAGCACUGAGCAACCCCCAAGAAUCACAGAUGGAAAGCUCGCCUCCUUCUGUAAGCCACACGUUUCCUCAUCAGUUUCCUAAUGAAUCUUAUACAAGCAACGAAUGGUUUCGACCAGCAACUCAAGACUACCCUGAAUUCAGUAAGAUACCAAGACUGCGCCCAAGUUCCAAGAACGUAAUGUCGAUUAAAAGAGAAGACAUGCCAAUGCAUCAUUCUCCUGUGGCAGCUAUGAUAAAUGAUUCAAAUGGUUCCAGUAGUGGCGAGGAACGGACGAUGGAUAGAGCAGAUACUUUGGACAACACCACUGAGCCUUUCACUAGUUUACCGCCACCAGCUAGACCACCCGAUCCGUCGCCAACACUUCUUCGGGAAAUUGAAAGUGAAUUAUUGCUCUCUCCUCAAGAGUAUUUACAACGCGCGGACGGAAGUCCUAUUGAUAGUUCCAAUCAUAUGACACCACCACCUCCUGCUGCUCCACCGCCCCCAGAUCUUCUAACUGCAAUGCCAAACGAAGGCCAGAGUUCCAUCAAACGCGAGAUGUCGCCCGUGAUAUUGACAAACUCAAUAGCUACUGGUGGGGAAUAUAGGGUUGAUCAGGCUCGCCUUCAUAAGAAGACAUCAUUUACAAUUAUUUCAGAAAAAUCGCCACAAUCGUCACGCACCCACAGUCCAGCAACGCGGUCGCCCCAAAAAAUGUCCGCAAUAUCCCAACUGAAACCUGUUGCUAAGCCUCGUCAGUAUUUGCAACAUAAAUCUUUAUCAGCUAUUCAACUCAAGUUGCCACAAUUGCCACAACAGAAACUUCAAGCUCCCGCCGACGACUCUCCACGCCCUUCAGUACAGUUUAACAUGACUGGUCGACAUACGCCAAACAUGAUGACUCAAAGAGGCAUUUUGCAACAUCGUGAGUCACUGUCUUCAUCGCAAGAUAUUACACCAUUGUCACCUGCAACGGGACCCAAAUCAAAAUUGCGUCACCCUUCAACACUGCCAACAUUUGCCAAACAAGCAAAUGAAUCGAAAAUAAAAAGUUGUGAAACUCUACCUUUUAUCACCGACCCAUACCGUACUGCUAUUCCACGAUUCAACCGUUCCAUUACAGACCUACAUAUCGAGCCAGCAGUAUUUCCGCCAGGUGCGUUGCCCCGCCCCAUCAAGCCCAAUCCUAAUCCCACUCGGAAGCAAAAGGGUCUACUUCGUAUACUAAAUGGCAAUACUUCGAAUAUACCUUUGCGCUCAAACUGGUCAAGUAUGGAUGAUUUAUCUCUGGGUAGGCAGCUGAAAACUCCUCUUGCAACACCCUCAAGAAUUUUACAGAGUCGUCGACGCUCAAGCUCAACAUCGCCAGAACGCCGCAGUUCGACACAAACAGCUUCAGAUCGUCGGAGUUCUAAUAUAAGUUCAAUAACAACUUCCGAUUUCAGUUUUCGUCGAUCUCCAUUGCCAGCACAGCAGCAGCGCCGAAAAUCCGUAUUCCCAACGGUGAGUCCCAAAACAAAACGUCGACAAUCUUUAAUACCACCAGCGAAUUUGACUGGUGGCCGAACAUCUCGUGCGAAAAUUGCUAAGCCUUCCACCCUGUCACCCAUCAUCGGUACUCCGAACAAAGACAGUAGCUCACCACAAAGUCCUGAGCAAAAUAUUGCUGGUUCAGUAGUACCAUCAGAGGUACUUUCAGAUAUGACUUCCCGUCGGGAAUCACUUUCAAAGAUACCCCUGCGUUCUUCGAAUUCGCGACCAGUUUCACGUACUUCCUCACCGUUAAAAGAGUUCAUGUCCCAACUGCCAAUAUCUGAUAUAAAUUCACGAGGCACAUCUAGUCGCACUACUUCUCGUACAACAGUAAGGACUGAUGUUUCACAAUCAGUCUCUCGUGUCAAUUCUAGACCGGCAUCGCGUUCUACUUCUCGUGCAUCCACCCACCCAAUAUCGCGUGCAGCGUCACGUGCUAGUACACGACCAAAUUCGCGAAUGGAAAUGGCAAAGGAAAUUGCAAAUUCCCGAUCUAACUCACGAAUGAGCAUACUUUCAACAGCUUCAAUAGCCGGUAACAUUUCUCCGGUUUCCGGGAAAAUAAGUGCUGAGCCUUCACCAAUACCCACUAGACGACGGACAUCCAUUUCUGUGAGUCCAGCUUCAAACAGAAGAGCACGUACACGACGGCAGUCGCUCAGCCCACCACACAAAAAUAGAUCAGGAAGCCGUGGCAGAGGGAAGAGAGUUAGAGAGCGAUCUGAGUCGCGACAUAGUUCCCGAUCUCGUAUACCAUUAAGAACUGGUAGUGUAACAAAAACAAAGCAAUCGCCAAAGAAAUCAAAGGUUACAAAAGAAACCAGCUCUCGUUCCCCCCCAAAAACAAAGGGUUCGAAAAUCGCAACUCGAUCAUCACCAGCGCGAACUCCAUCAAACCAACGUAAAAAACCAAAAAGUGCCAAAAUAGUACCGACAUGGACGAAUAAACCCGAAUCAAGUGUAAAACACAAACCAUCGUCCGUGGGCAAACAGGCGACAUCUGUUAAAAAACAACCAAGCAAUAUUCAAAAGCCUGGAAAGGGGAAUCUCAAUCGGGAAUCUUCUAAUAUACAAAAGAAAGAUACACAAAAAGCUGAUGCAGGAAAAAAUGUACGACGUGAAGGCACAGCAAAAGCAAUGCCAACAAGGAAACCUGGCGUUAAUUCUUCUGCAGCUGCAGUGGCUUUGGCGGCAAGUGGACUCAAACGACAAGCCACAUCUAAAAAUUUGAAGAAACCAGCUACCAAGAACCAACCAGUAGCAACCAAAGGAAAAGAAAUUGAUAAAAAAGAAGAAACGGCGAAAGGGACUACUCGUGCCAAUAACGACGGAAUGACAAAUCAAGGAAAAGAACAAGCGUCUUCGAGUAAAGAGAGUGCUAGUCAUAUGGCAAGUAGUAGCCCUGUGGGAAUGGAAGCAACGAAAAUGGCUGCAAUACCAGCGGGGGUAGCUGCUGUCGCUGCUACUUCCUCAAAAGGUGCAACGAACGUUAGUUCGGGUAGUACGGGAAGCAGCAGUUCCACCUCUGGUAUCAAGAGAAAUCCUUCCAACGUAUCACUUGUACGCAUGGCUUCCCGGAUGAGUUUGCUCAGCAUGAAGCGUUCUGAUAGCAACCUCAGCAAGAAGACAACGGUGCCAGCAGUUGCCGAGGAGACAGCUAAUGGAUCAAAAAAGAACGCAAACGCAGGAAAAUUACAAAAAACUAACAGCCGUACACAAUUAAAGACGCCAGAAGACAUGGCUGCCCUACCUACAGCUAUAUUAGAGAAAUCACAGAGGACUCUUGAGAAUAUUCAAAAGACUGUAACAGUGGCGACAGAUGAAAUUCAUAAAACUAUUCACGAAAAUCUCACUGACUUGAAGAGUCUCGAAAGCGACAUGGGUCGGUUCUCUGACAGCGCCGGGUCUCCCACAUCGAGUGUAGCCACCGUAGUGGAAAACAAAAUGGUUGGCAAAGCCGGUGCUGUCAGUGGCAGCGAUGGUGGUGCGACCGGAGACUCGAUCUCGCACACGACGACCGCUGAGGGACCAUCCUCAACAACGGGCAUAAAAAAAAUUACGCACAAAAAUGGCAGCGGCGGUGCAAUGCCUGCGACCCCCACACAAAAGUCGCCGCUACCGCCCACACAGCCAAUCGAGGCAGAUGUUUCCGUGUUGAACGCGUCCAUGCAUGCCACAGAGCACGCCACGGUGGCGGCAGCGGCCGCAGCAGCUGCCACAACGGGCGCAAUGGCGAUGCCGCAUACGGGCGUCGUGGACGCCACCGUCGAACGGAAUUACACAUACAACGGGGACGGUGCAGCGGACAAAACGGCCGAUGGCGCAAUGUCCACGCUGUUGGAUGGCGAAGGCCAUGCGUUUGCCGGCGAUGCUGGAGGAAAUGGACGCAAAGGAGUUGGAGGAGGAGUUGAUGGUGUUGGUGCCAAAGCAGAUGGUCUAACAGAUGACGACAUAAAACGACGCUCGCCAGAUGGACAGGGUGGCUCGGCUGCGGGCAGCGGCAACGGCAGCCGUGAGUUUCUUAAGGAACAGGAGGAGGACUUAGCGACCUCGUCACGUUGUUGCCGCUGCUGUACGAAAUUCUGUCUUCCAUGUCGGCGUCUGCGCUGCUCGCGCUGCUGUCGUCGCAAAAAGAGCCAGGCCGGCGAUGAGAGCGAGGAGCCGGUGCUUUCGGCGACCAGCAGCGCCUCCACCACCAAUCUCGAAGUCAUCGAUGAAGCGCGCCAUCCAACUGACGGCGUCAAAACCAAAACGAGCUGUUGGCCGAAAUUGAAUUGUUGCAAACGGUGUCGCAAGCAACCGAAGGUGGGUGCCAGCCACACGGAUGAGAGCGCAAAAAUGACGGUGGCGACCAAAACGGAGUCAGCGGCGGCAGCAGCCGCCCCCCCGCAAGCUCCCAAGCAGGGCAGAUGUGGUCUCUGCAUGAGUAAAUUGUUUUGUUGUCGACGUGUCAACAAAGUCGAUCCCACAACGGGUGAUGAGACGGAAUUGAAGAAGUGUUGUUUUUGUAUACCGUGUCGCCGCAAAAAAGCUGGACGCGGCGCUGCUAUUGCCUCAACUGUUUCACCGACUGGUUCGGUCGCCUGGCAGGAUCCGGAAAGCGGUAUUGCAGCGAGUGAUGCAUCGGUUUUGGAAGGUGCCACCUCACCAGAGAUAGAGCGACCACAGGGUUGUUGCAAACGCUUUUGGAGCAAACUAUUAUGUUGUCGGCGCAAAAAGUUACCGAAACCCAGUGAGAGUCGGCGGGCCAGCAUGAAGGCGCCACCACCACCAAGCGAGGACACACGACGAAAAUUACAUGUGGACCUAGUGGAGUAUAGCUCGAAAAUGAAGGGCGCCAUUCCAGUAUUGCCGCUCUAUUUAGCCUGGUUUUGCGCCAUUUGUAAUACCAUCUUUCCGGGACUGGGCACCUUAUUCUCUGGCAUCUUUUGCCUUUGCGUUGGCAUUCCACGCUUCUCUCAAUACGACAGCGCCAAGGCGCGCUUCGGUUCUUUCAUAAUCAACAUAAUCGUUGCCGUGGCGCAACUGUUUUGCGUACUCUUCUGCUUUGUCGGUUGGGGCUGGUCCAUCUGGUGGGGCACGAUCAUGCUGAAAUGUGCACGAAAGCUAAAUAAAAUCAGGAAGGUUGAGCGUCUGGAAAUGGAGGAGGAGCGUCGUCAAGCUGAAGCGGCAGCCGCAGCAGCUGUAACAGCAGCUCGGACAGCACCUGCUACAGCCGCCCAUACUACGGCGGCGACAGUCACAACGGAAAGCGCAGCCUAAAGUCACCGUGGAUUAAAAUAUGAAAGAAGGGGGUUAAGAGUGUCAUUUAAAGACACAAUUGAUUUGAGAAACUUUUAAGUUUUAAUUACUUAAUACUUCCAUAAAACUUCCAAAGAAAGCUAAGAAGCACUAUUGCAUAUAAAUUCUUCCUAGAAAACUUCCAUUGGUAAAUUAAUUGUAUAGAAACAAAUGGAAUUAAUGCACUAUGGCUACUAUACCACAAUGGGAUAUGAGGGGAGUGACAAUAUAUAAAACUUGGAAAAUUAGUGCCUUAAGAAUUGAACUGCUUUAGUUUGGCUCUUGAGAGCUACGAGAGGUACUUCUCGGGAGGUAUAGUGAGUAAAAGAGAUUUAGUCACAUAUUAUAUUCGCUAAUGAAGGAACAUCACAGAUUAAAAGGGAAUAGAUAUCUUCCACAUGACACGAAGGCAUCAUAACACAAAUGAAAUGCACAACAAAACGUCAUUUCACACCAUUAGCCAAUAAGAUGCUGGCAUCUCUUCGAAAAGUGCACUUAAACAGCUUAAAUUGCUAAAACGUAUACCGUAAACAUAUCAAUAUAAAGAGUAUUUGUAAGCUUGAAGUGUUAGCAAAUCGUGUGCUUACACAUAAAUAUCUACAUACGAGUAUACAUAUGUAUGUAGUAUAGUGAAUAUAAGUUUUUCCUAAAUAAAUAUAUAAUAAUUAUUUUACUAUAAACAUACAAACUAAGAAGACAUGUUGAUAUAUGUAUUUCGAUUGUAACAAAAUAAUUAACAAAAUUUAGCUCUAAAAUAUAA